AUCCCCAUCAUCCACUUUAAUUCUCCUCAAUUGCUCCGUUGAGAUACUAUACUAGUCACCAUGGCUCCCAAGGUUGCUAUUGUCUUCUACUCGCUGUACGGCCACAUCGUCCAGCUGGCCGAGGCUGAGAAGAAGGGUAUCGAGGCUGCUGGUGGCCAGGCCGACAUCUACCAGAUCCCCGAGACCCUUCCCGAGGAAGUCCUCACCAAGAUGCACGCUCCCCCCAAGUCCGCCCACCCCAUUGCUACCCCCGACGACCUCCUCCAGUACGAUGCCGUCCUCUUCGGUAUCCCUACCCGUUACGGUAACUUCCCCGCUCAGUGGAAGACCUUCUGGGACCGCACCGGCGGUAUUUGGGCCACUGGUGGCUUCUGGGGCAAGUACGCCGGUCUGUUCGUCUCCACUGGUACUCUCGGUGGUGGCCAGGAGUCGACCGCCAUUGCUGCCAUGAGCACUCUCGCCCACCACGGCUUCCUCUACGUCCCUCUGGGCUACAAGACUACCUUCGCUCAGCUCUCGAACCUGACCGAGAUCCACGGUGGUAGCGCCUGGGGUGCUGGUACCUUUGCUGGUGCCGAUGGCUCUCGCCAGCCCACUCCCCUCGAGCUCGAGAUCGCCGAAGCCCAGGGCAAGGCCUUCUACGAGCACGUUGCCAAGGUCAACUUCGCGUGACUGCAUGGCGGCGGCGAGUCGAAGCCCGAGGAGUCCAAGUCUGAGCCUACAGCUCAGCCGGCUAAGAAAGAGACUGCCCAGCCUGCUUCGAACAGCCAGCAGCAACAAGGCACUCAGCAGCAAGAGGAGAAGAGCAAGGAGGGGCCUUGUGGUCUGCCUAGGAA